CGAACGUGUACAGCGAUUCGCACAGGAGCUGUGAAGGACUGCAAAACAGCGCCAAUCAAAAACCAUCUCACGAAACUAGGCUUUUGUGAUUUAAAAUAGGACAUAACUACUCCGUCGGAGCGUAACUGCUGGGAUCAUUCAAUUUAGUGUGGACGUUGGGCGAACGUGGAGACUCGAAUCAAGAAGCGACAAGAUCAACACGUUUUCAGUUUCAGAUUUUUAAGUGAUUGAUUUGAAGAUGACUCGAUUGGUACUAGCUCUUCUGUUGUGUACAUGUGUGACGUCAGCAAAAAUCCUCCACAACAAGGCUGAUAUGCUUGAGAAGCUAUUGAAUUUAGUGGACGAUACCGAAAACGAGAAGAAAGAUAAUGUGGUGGAGAAUAAACGGGAGGAUGCACUACGGGAAAUUGAGAUCCAAGAGAGAAAACUGACACAAAAGAAAGAAGCAUUACUCGGGAAACGAAACAGCAUUGAUGACGUUGAUACUUGUAAUGAAAUUGAGGAUAAAGUAAAGGGGCCCUUUGUGAUGUGCGAUGGUCCACAAGUCGAUGGGUACCCUGCAUGUGUGUGGGGAAGUUACGUAUGUGACAGUGUUAUCGAUUGCAUCUCUGCCAAAGAUGAAUUUCAAAUCCAAUGGGGCUGCUUGAAAACUGAUGAACAAUGUAAAGCCGAAUACCCGGCCAAUGGUUACUUCCGAUGUGCCGAUAAUUUCCUCUGCGUCGACAACUGUCACGUGUGCGAUGGUAUUUGUGAUUGUCUGGAUGGUAGCGAUGAAGAUAACUGCUCCGAAAUCAAAGUGACCUGUGGUACAUACAGCGUCGACACCUGCCGGAAAUACCCCUAGAGAUUUUCUUUAUGAUAGAUACACAAUAGGAGACCCACUAGUUUAAAUGUAUGCGGCCAGUGAGUCCCUGGCUAUACACAGAGCCACUUGGCAAAUAAUUAUUAUUAUUUCUAGUAACUUGUGCUUUAUCGUACAAGCCCCGCACACAAUUGGUCCCAUCACUCAGAACCCAAGUCGGAUGUGUAUUCAUACGCGAAGAUGUUUUCAGCAUUAUGUUUUAUGUUAUUAUAUUAUUAUUAUACCGUUUCGCAGCAUUAUCGUCAGUGUUUAUCAGAUGAAUGUAUCAUUAUUAUAUUCUACUUUUACUAACAUUAUAGACAAUUUAUAGUCAUAAAGUUCAAUUUCAUGUUUUAAUACUCGUUAUUGGUGUCUGUACGAUAAUAGGCAGUAAAUAAAAUCUGUUGUUUAUA